AGAUUAGCCUUGUGAUCUUUUGGUUGGUUCCUGUUAAUACACGUCUGGCUUUGGCUGCUUGAAACUCACCCAAUCAGCGAACAGGUACACUCUAUAAAUGAGCGAUCCGGCGGCUUGGUGUUUAUUGCUAGAUUGUACUAGAGUUUUGGCAACAUGUCUGGCAGAGGCAAACAAGGAGGGAAAACCCGUGCCAAGGCAAAGACUCGCUCAUCUCGUGCUGGGCUGCAAUUCCCAGUUGGUCGUGUUCAUCGUCUGUUGAGGAAAGGCAACUAUGCUGAGCGGGUGGGAGCCGGAGCUCCGGUCUAUUUGGCUGCAGUGCUCGAGUAUCUGACUGCUGAGAUCCUGGAAUUGGCUGGGAACGCUGCCCGAGAUAACAAAAAGACCCGUAUUAUCCCCAGGCACCUGCAACUCGCUGUGCGCAACGAUGAGGAAUUGAACAAACUGCUCGGAGGAGUCACUAUCGCUCAGGGUGGAGUCCUGCCCAACAUCCAGUCCGUGCUGCUGCCCAAGAAAACCGAGAGUUCAAAGUCCGCUAAGAGCAAGUGAGCUGCCCCGUCCCCAAUCUGAACACAAAGGCUCUUUUCAGAGCCACC